AUGUACUCACUUGCUAUUCUUGUAGCACUAUUUGGAGCUGUUUAUGGACAAACACAGCACUUGUGUGACAGGACAUGCACAUCCCAAUACAGCCCAGUAUGUGGAAGUGACCAUCACACAUAUAGCAAUUUGUGUCGCCUGCAAAUUGCUGAGUGUUACGCACGACUGAAUGGCCAUCACAUGACCCUGUCGCAUUCUGGAAGUUGCAGUUCCUCAUCGGCUCACCAUACAUCUUACAACUAUGCGUGCGAUUCAAUUUGUGACGAUGAAGUUACCGACGGAGAAGUGUGUGGAACUGACGGCGUCACCUACGACAGUCAUUGCGACUUUGACAACGCAAGAUGCCUGGCACAGCAGCAGCAUGGUUCAUUGAGCAUACGUCACACUGGUCAGUGCACUCAAACUGAUUUGGACUGCCCAAUCCAUUGUGACCCUAACGAUCUUAGUCCUGUUUGUGCUAUGGGAAACCACACCUAUAAAAACAUGUGCUACCUGAAGCAACUCCAGUGUAGGUAUGUCCACAUUCCAUCUAUAGCGGAGCGUUACGCGUUCGUACACAACGGAUCAUGUGACGGCGUGGAUGUUUCCAAAACUUACAAGCUGGACUGUAGCCCCUACCAUGCAAACGCUCAGAUCGCAGUGGAAGGUGAUCAACAACAAAACCUGCUGUUGAACUGUGACCACACGCACAACCCCAUCUGUGGCACCGACCUGCGAACUCACCUCAAUUUGUGUUACUACUGUCAUAGCAUGGCCCAUAGCCACAAACUCGGUGUCGACCAAACCGUGGAAGUUAUUGCAGAGACUGCUUGUCCAUCCUACCUUUCACCACACAUAGUUGUUGGUUAA